UUCAUUUCCUUGUUUUAUUUUGUAUUGAUGUAAUCUUAGAGUAGAAAAAGUACAGGAGAGAGUGAAAGGUGAUACAGGUAUCUUUGAACAAAUCUUGAUAAUAAUAGCUGAGCAAUCAGCUGGAACAUUUUGACUUUGUGGCUCUUACAGGCUGUAUCUGGGUUAUGCUUCUAAUGCUGAGUUUGAAAUCAGGAGACACUUCAAAUCUAUGAGAGCCCAUGAAAGAGAGUCAGGAGCUUUGGGUGAUCUGUGAGAAAUUACCUGAAACAUUUUGUUUAGAAAUUAAGUCUAGAACCCUGCAUGAGGGGAUGGUGGGUUUGACUGUACUGAGAGGAACUUACCAAGAUGAAAACAACAUUCCUUCUUGUAGGUAGUCUUGCUGUUUUUAUGCUUUCUGAUUUAGAAUCCUGAAAAAAUGUUUGGCCUGAAGAAGCUGGCUCUAACAAUUUUCAGAGGUCAUUCAGAGAUUUUUGGUUUUUGGACUGAAGAAAAAGAAAUCUAGAAAAGAUGGACUGGAAUGUAGGACCACUCCAGAAUGCUGAUGCACAGAAUAACUUGCAAAGUCAAGAAGCGUGUUAUACUCAGGUGCUUUCUAAUGCACAUGCUUUUCCUCAAGCAAAUGCAUAUCCCUCUGAGAAUGCAUGCAGUUAUACUGGAAAUAACCAAAUGAUGUAUCUGCCACCUAGCAGUGUAAAUAUUGCCUUUGCUUCUGUAAAUGCUGAAGGAUACAAAAAUUCCGAUCAGACCUUUCCAGGAGCAUCUGUAGCUGGCAGUGGCUUUGUUACCUCAGAAUAUUCAGUGGAUGGGUGUCCACCUUCCAAUGUACCAUUAGCAACAAGACCUCCUAAUCAGGCAUCCCGUGUGCAGACACAGAUAACUCGAAAUCCUUGGCGAAACUCUAAGGCAUAUGUUUAUUCCCGUAGAAAGUUACCUCCCCUACUUCCUCGAAUGAACUCUGGAAAUAAUGUACAGAACAUACCUCAGGAACCUCAGAAUCAGUAUGUCACCACAAAUGGUUAUACUGUGCAGCCACAAAUACCACAGCUUAAUUCUAUGAGAACUACAAUAUUAUAUCAAAGUAACCGGGAGUGCGUUAAUGUUUCAAAGGCAGGGUGUCCACCACUAUAUAACAUUAACUGCCCUAUUUCUUCUCAAGGCAUUCCAGUACCCAUCAAUCAGUCAUCCAGUCAAUAUGCUCGUUCACAGAACAAUUCUUUGUCCCUUGGUACAUCUGGACAACAUGUCCAAAAACAAAUAUGUUAUCCCAGUAAUCAGUUUCAAGUUUCACACUCUCAGAGUCAAAAUACUACUGUAAAUGUACAACUGCAACAAUAUGUACCAAGUCAGAUAGGAUCGGAAGCUCAUAAUGGAUGUUCUGCACCAUCUUUGUUGCCUGCCAACGGUGAUCCAAGAACUGCAGCACAAUCUUUGCUAGGUGUUCAACAGGCAGUUCAAAAUGUGUCUAACGGGUACACCUUAAACCAUCAGAAGCGCCCAUCAGAUCAAAAAAACGUUCCUUGUUUUAACAGUGCUCAGCAGUACUGGCAGAAACAGCAGUCUGGAGAAGUCGGUCAAUCAGUUAGAAACGUCUGUAAUUUGAGUGGAAAUGUGACAGCAAAUCAAUCUUUUAAUGAAAUGUCUACACCAUCUACUGGCAUUUCCAAAGAACUGUAUAAUAUCGUGCAAGAAAUAGCAACUAUUCCUUCAGUGGCAACUUCAAAGCCACCAAAUGAUACUGCGUCAGUUCAAGAAAGCCUGGCUACUAAUGUAAUGAAAGUGCCUAUUAAUUCUCAAAUGUCUUCACUAACGGACAGUGGAACAAAAAUUACAAAGGAUAGACUAGCUUGGGAAGCUCAUAGACUGCUCUCUAUUAAAAAAAAAUGCCUCCUACUUGAAAGGAUGUUUCAUUACAAAAAAAACCUUUUAGCAGCUUCAGAACAUGACAAAAGUGCUUCCGCGCUUACUCCAUGUAAUCAAAAUACUCUGCCUAAUUUUCUUCCCCAUGGGCCCAAUCAAAAUGUAGCACCUCUCCUGUCUGAAACAGCGAGGAGUCAGCAACAUUUGAUUCUUAACUCUUCUCCCGAAGAAAGAAGCGACAAAAGCAUGACCAAUGUUGACAACAGAGGAUUAGAGAAGACUCAAAGUAAUCAUCAGAUGGAGCAGGGAAGCUUUUCGUCAAGCUCCCUUCCCACUUCAUCUCAGAGUAAACUCCCAGUUCUAUUAAAUAAUCCUGAGAGAGCUCCCAUCUUGGAACAAAAGGAUGUAUCAGCUUUGGCCUCUUCUCAAAAAACUUUGACGUCCUCUAACAAUACUUCAUGCUAUAGUCAAACUGAUAGCUCUUUCAGAAUUGUAGGAAAGAACGUUCCUGCUACUCCUGAGAACUCAUCAUUUCUUCAGUUUGUGUUGAGCAGCACAAAUGCUUUGAAAGAGAAGAGAGCUGGUGCUACUGCAGAUAAAAUACUGACAAGUCUCCUGUGUAAUGAAAAACCACUGGUAGAUGUAACGGGCUCAGAUGGAAGCUUAUUAAAAGACACUACUGAGAAGAACGUAGAAAGUUUGAAAGAUGAGCAGGCGUUUAUAGUUCACACAAACCGUCCUGUAUCAGAAGCAAUGGGAUCUGAUGGAACGAAUUUCCAGAAUGGUGUAGCGCAGAAAAAACCACCGUUUACUGAAAAUACAUGUUCUGAACAGAACAAUUGUACUUACUCUGUGGAAGAGCUCACUGCAUGCCUUGGCUUGUGGAGAAAACGUGCUUCAGAACCUGUGGACGCUCAAAAUAGCCCGUCAAAUGAAAGCCCCACAGCAAAUCCAAUUUCACUGUUACCUUACAGUCAAAACACAACAAAUAGAGAACAAAAUAAUGUUUCAGUUAGUACAAAUGAAGCAAUUUUGCCUUUAACAACUGUUUCGGUAGGACAAAACCAUGAUACAUUGUGUUCCAAUUUGAUAAAAAGUUUUGAACUCCAAGUAGCAGUUGUCUCCCCUUUAGUACUUUCUAAACAGAGAACACAAAGUGAAGAGGCAGACAAAUUUCCAACAUCUUCAGAUGUAACCUAUCCAGUAAUUGAAGCAGGAAGCAUAUGCAGCUUGCAAGAAGAAGGGGAAAAUGUUUUAACUGUGGUAAAUACUGAUAAGGGAACAAGGGAAACUGUUCCUUCAUCACCUGAUGACUGCGUUCCAGUACAGAAAGUGGACUUAAAUUUGCAACACACCAAAUCAGCUGAUGGUAAUGGAAUUAUGAAAAACAGCAUGAACGUAAGUGAUGCAUGUGAUAAAAAGCAAAGGCAAGUUAGCCAGUCUUUGCAAGAGGCCAGAGAAAAUCUGCAGCUUAGUUUACCAGACAAGUCGUCUUUUCCUGAAUUGGGUGUGAAUUCUUCUAGUCAAAUCUUUCAAGAAGUUAUGAGAGACCAUAAGGACGAGCAAGCUGUGUUAGAGCCAGGAAAUACUUCCAGAGCAGUGUUGGAAGAUGAUGUGUUUCAUAUUUCUAGUGUAUGUUCUCUUGUUGAAGGUGAUGUAUUUUAUAAUCCACAAAUAGCAAGUAUGUUCAGCUCAGGCCCUGUGACAAAUAUAUUAAAUAAUGGUAGCUCAUUAGAAGGAAAUGCAUCUGGCCCAAAGCAAAAGGAACAACAGCUGGAUUCGUAUAAAGAUGAUUUAGAAUUGAGAGAGAACAUCCUCCAAGGGGAGGGCUUUCUGCAGGCAACAUUAGAAGAAUUGUCAGGCUGCACAAAUAAAGCAGAUAAGAUUUUGAAUGGUAUCACAAUUAGCAGUUCUGAGAAAGCAAGCAGUGGAAGUUCUCCUAAAACACUCUCUACCUCAGAACAAAAAAUGUCAGUAAACGCAUCUUGCAAGCGUCCUGAAAAUGAUUUGGAAAUUCUUGCUAGUAUAAACCAGGAGUUAACUCAAAACUCACCAGGUCCAUCAGUCGAUCUAAUUGCUGAAACAAACAUGUUCACUGUUACAAGAGACAGCAGUAAACAAGAUGACGCGUCCAGUAAAAGUAGUAUAGAUGAGGAGACAAACCUUUUUGGAGGAGAACCUAUUAAAUGCCUAAAUAACCAGCUGACUGAACUUGUGAAAGAGUUUCCAUAUGGCAUUGAAGGUGCUGAUAUGCUAACAAAAGAUCCAGUACAAAGUGAUUCUGUGGCUGAGUGGAUAGAGAAUCAACCUCAAAAAGAGACACAAACUUGUAACAAAAAUUCUGACCCAAUAGAUCAGAUACAAAUUACACUCUUAAGGUCUGAACAGAUGCAAGAACUGUUUCCUGAACCCAGCCAGCAUUCCUAUAGCGAAAGCCAUAAAGCAACAAGUCAACAGUCAGAAAAGGAUUCAAGUGAGAAAGAGAACCUUGAAAGUAGUAUUCAGUCUGGUCAGAGUCUAUGCAAGGAAAAAGAAAAAACAGACGAAACCUUAAACCCCAGAAGAGAAAAAAAAACUUAUUGUUGUUUAAUGGGUUGGUUAUCUGUAGAGUAUGAAAUGCCACAAUGCUCCUGUAAGUCUAAAAUAUCUGAUUCAGAAAAAAAUCAUAGUAAUCUUCAAAUUCCGGAAGGUGAAAAUGCCAGCUCUAAAGAGAGAGAGGAAAACAACAGUAAAUCUGGUUCCAAAACAAAGAUGAACUGCGCAGUGGGAAACCUGCCGACUGAAAAUUUUCAAAAUGGCAUUGGCAAAAAUAGAAAAGGUGUACACAAAUACACCUCUGUAAUGAACAGAGAAGCUAAAAUGAAGGUGAGUAAUAAAUAUGAACCACUUGCAACGCAACAGGAACAAAUUAAACCACUUAAUUCCUCUGAAAAACAAGACCUUGAUAAAUUGAAAAGAAGCAGCUGGAAGGAAGAGUUGCAAAUCUAUAGAAGAACCCCCUCAUUGGGGAAAGAAUUUCAUUCUGCCAGAAAAGAUUAUGAGAACGUUUCCAAAGAGGAAUUGUUGUCACGAAAAGCUGGUUGUGCAGAUGCAGACAAUAUGAUGUUGCCCAAAAAGAAAGAGAGAAUUUUUAAGAUGGAGUCUCUUUCAAAAGAUAAAACUGAAAUAGGUGUGGCUGUGAAACCCAAAACAGACAUUCACAAAUUUAAAAACUCAGAAACUGUUGAAAUUAAGCACUCUGAAGUCCAUCAAGGACAUAAAAAUAAAACCUGCGAAGAGAACUCGAGUGAAGAACAGAACUGCAGGAAAGAAAAGGACAUACUUGGAAAAGAUGUAGGAAUCAAUAUGAGAGGGAAGGUAAAGUUAUCAGUGGAAAUAAAACACAAAAAGCUGAGUAGUUAUCGUGCUGAUGCUGUUAAGUUCCCAAAUUUUGGCAAUGUAGACUUAAAGUCAAGAAGCCACAAAUAUUCUCAGCAUAAAUCUGUAAAAGCUCUUCCUUCACAGGAGAAUUCAUACAAACGGAAGAGGAAAGAAAAUAUGAUUGGAAAGAGAGACCCUAAAAAAACAAAGUUGGAAGACGAAAGACUAAAGCAGUCUGAAGCAAAGAAUUCCAAGCAGCUUUCACAUAAUCACAUGAUAAAUACUGACAAGACUAAAAAAACGAAUGGAGAAAAUGGCUGGAAACGCAAGAGCUCAUUAGUAGAUCACUCUGUCCUUAAACUACAGAGGAAAAGGGGCCGAUCUUCUAUCUCUAAAAGCUACUUUUCAAACAAAGAGAAACAUCUCGAUAGUCAGAACAAAGACAAAUGUUCUGAGAAAGUGUUUUCUGACAAAAACCUGCUAUAUUUGAAUAGAAGAAAUAACAGAUUAAAAAUGUACCUUCAAAAGGAACCGAAAAAACACUAUCUGAAUAGAGUUGCCUUUAAACGUACUGCACAGGAAAGCAUAUAUCUGACCAAAUUAGAGACAUCACCUGUCAGACCUGUCUGGCACAUGAAGUCCGAAGUGUCACAGAACAGCCCAGAUCAGAAAAGAGAGGCUUCUCUCUCAGAAGAUGAAAAAUCACACAAACUGCAAGUACUUGAAUUUAAACUAUGUCCAGAGAUACUGUUCAAAAAUCCAGCCACUGAUGAAGAAAUCUCAGCUACAAAGAAUACCCUGGAAAGAGAGAAAUCUGUUGUGGCAGGUCUCAAGAGUAAAAAAGAAGAUUGGUUAAAAUGUGAUUCAGUGAACGAAAGAAAACUGGAAGGGACCUCUACAGUUGAGGACAGUAUUCCACUUGAUGCAGCUAUACAAAUCCUGGAAGGAGAUGGUGAGGCUCUUCACGUUCCAAUGAAGGACUCAAAAGAGAUGUUUCAAACCUACAGGAAAAUGUAUCUGGAAAAAAGAUGCAAAAGCCUAGAUAGCAUUCCUGUGUCAUAGGUCUCUCUUGAUAUCACUGGAAAAAACUGCCAAUACCAAAAUAUGUGGUUUUUCCUAUUUACUUCAUGUUUGUGAAUGAUUGUAAAAAAUUAUAUAUAAACUCUUGAUGUUGGCAGAUUUUUUUCUCUAUCUGCCUCAUAUUUGUAAAUGACUGAAAUUUCACUUAUACAUCCUGUAUUUGUUGCACAAAUAGGGUUUGGUGCUGAAAAUGUCACUGUCAAAUGUAUUAUCCCUUUUUGGCCUUUUUUUUUUUUUUUAAAAAAUACAGGAGUUAGUUGACUCCUUACAAGAAGAAGAAACAAAAGCACACAAACCUCAAAAUUAUCUGAAUUGUGAUAGUCUGUUUCUUUCCUGAUUCUGGAAAACUUCUACUUGUGAUGUUUUCCAUUGCUGGCAGUGGAAAAAUAUUCCUAGUGGAAAGGGAUUGCAGUGGAUUCACAAGCAUUGCAUCUUUGUUUUCUGCUUAUGAUAGCCUGAUUAUCGUACCUCUAACAAGGCUUUAUUUUUUUUUUUGUAGAAGCAUUUUUUUUUUUUAACCUUAGAGUACUAAAAUAAAACCCUAAAGUUAAACAUACAGGCCAGGGGAUACCAUGAAGUAUUUAUGCUGCUAUCUAGUUUUAUUAUGUUUAUUUUCAUAAAGCUUGCAGAAAUUGAACUCUGAAUUCAUCAUCUGAACACAAUGCUCUAGACUGAUGGUUGGCUGAAGAGUUUUCUUCCCUCGUUUUUUGUGUCUGUCUCUCAGCUUUUUUUUUUUAGCUUUUGAAACAAAAGCACAAUUGUUGAGGUAAAGGGAGUUUAAUUUCAGUUUUGUCUAGACUCUUGCUAACUUAACAAGGCUGUAAUUAAUUUCUUUGUUUAUAAACUAUGUUAGCUAAUGUUUGACUACAAAUUCACUGUGACAUAAGAGUUAUAUUUGUUGCUGGAUUUCUUUUGUUUAAGUGCCUUUUCAUUAUUGUUCAGAAUUUUGAAUUGAAUCAUAUUUUUUCAGAAUUGUGGUAUUUGAUUCUUUUUAUCUGUUUAAACCUUUAUACGGAAAGUAAAAACUGUAGAUACUUCCUUGACUGAUUUUUAUACCUGCAAUAAACUUUUGAGGGCUAUUCCUUGCCUUUUUUAGUAUAAAAAGUAGCUAAUUGUUUAUUGCAGUUAGUUAGAGAUUUAAGAUAUUCCUACAGAUGUAAAGCAGUUUUAAAAUAAUUAAGUGCCAGAUCUUCUUCCUUUAAAAGGUUUCAUAGAUAAAACAGAGAACAGGACUUGAGUCCGAGUUUUUGUCAAUGAGCUUGUAACAGCAUGUACUUAUACCUCCAAAACCAUAUCAGGAAUGUCUCUUCAGCGUCUGUCUUUUCUGCUUUGACUUGGAGUUAUGAAUUGGUGAAUUAGCAUCAGAACUCAGAAAGCCUUCAGUAUUACACCAUUCCGGAAGAGGCACACUUGCAGGGAUCUUAGAUGCAAUUACCCAGUGGAUUAUAACAUUUAUAAUUCAGCAUACAGAUA